AUCACGUCAACGGUAACCGGUCACAUGGUCGGAGGCACCAACAUAACAAGCCAGUCAGUUUGCCGCUGCGCGUGAGUCGCGCUUAACGUGUACGUUCCAUUUACGGAUUCAAAAUACGAAUACUGACAGGGGGAACAGAAUAGACUUCCACCAUGGGGGCGAUGUUCCGAAGCGAGGAGAUGGCGCUCUGCCAGCUCUUCAUACAACCAGAGGCGGCGUACACCUCGGUGUCGGAGCUGGGGGAGGCUGGCUCUGUGCAGUUUAGAGAUUUAAACCCAGACGUAAACGCGUUCCAACGUAAAUUCGUGAAUGAGGUCCGCCGCUGCGAUGAGAUGGAGCGCAAACUGCGCUACAUCGAGGCUGAAGUGCACAAAGACAAGGUGCACGUGCCCGCCGUCAAGGACAUGCCCAGAGCGCCCAACCCUAGGGAGAUUAUUGAUCUUGAGGCGCAUUUGGAAAAGACAGAGAAUGAAAUUCUGGAGCUGUCACACAAUGCCAUUAACUUGAAACAGAACUAUUUAGAGCUGACGGAACUUAAACAUGUCUUGGAAAAGACGGAAGCUUUCUUCAUGGCUCAGGAGGAAUUCGGCAUGGACUCAUUGACAAAGUCACUAAUGACGGACGAAGCUGGUCAGCAAGCGGCCACCCGGGGUCGUCUAGGGUUCGUAGCCGGUGUAGUACAACGGGAACGUGUGCCGGCGUUUGAGCGCAUGUUAUGGCGCAUCUCCCGCGGGAACGUGUUCCUGCGCCGCGCGGAGCUGGACCAGCCGCUGGAGGAUCCCGCUUCUGGCAACGAGAUCUACAAGACAGUGUUCGUGGCGUUCUUCCAAGGCGAGCAGCUCAAGUCGCGCAUCAAGAAGGUGUGCACCGGCUUCCACGCGUCGCUCUACCCGUGCCCGCCCUCCAACACUGAGCGACAGGAUAUGGUCAAGGGGGUUCGGACUAGAUUGGAGGAUCUUAAUAUGGUGUUAAACCAAACCCGCGACCACAGACAGCGUGUACUCGUAUCAGUGGCCAAGGAAUUACAAUGCUGGUCCAUCAUGGUCCGCAAGAUGAAGGCCAUCUACCACACCCUGAAUCUGUUCAACAUGGAUGUGACCAAGAAAUGCCUGAUUGGCGAAUGCUGGGUGCCAACUGCGGAUCUGCCCAACGUGCAGAAGGCUUUGGCUGACGGAUCGAAUGCGUGUGGCAGCUCAAUCCCAUCAUUCCUGAACUGUAUCGAAACAGACGAAGUGCCGCCCACCUUCAACCGCACCAACCGCUUCACACGUGGCUUCCAGAACCUCAUCGACUCGUAUGGAGUGGCCUCUUACAGGGAGUGUAACCCGGCAUUAUACACAAUCAUUACCUUCCCGUUCCUCUUUGCGGUGAUGUUCGGAGACUUAGGCCACGGUCUGAUCAUGGCCAUGUUCGGAGCUUGGAUGGUCGUCAAGGAAGUUUCUCUUGGCGCUAAGAAGUCGAACAACGAAAUCUGGAACAUUUUCUUCGCCGGUCGCUACAUUAUCCUGCUCAUGGGUCUCUUUUCCAUGUACACUGGACUCGUAUAUAACGAUAUAUUCUCGAAAUCAAUGAACAUCUUUGGAUCUUCGUGGUUCAUUCCGUACGAUAAUGAGACGCUCGAACAUAAUGCCGCUAUGACUUUGGACCCUAGAGAUUCGUAUACUAAUGUACCCUACUUCAUUGGUAUUGAUCCUAUUUGGCAGACUGCUGACAACAAGAUCAUUUUCCUUAACUCGUACAAAAUGAAGCUGUCAAUCAUUUUCGGCGUUGUCCACAUGAUCUUUGGUGUGUGCAUGAGUGUCGUCAACUACAACUUCUUCAAGCGUCGCUAUUCAAUCAUCCUGGAGUUCUUGCCCCAAGUUAUUUUCCUGUGUCUUCUCUUCUUAUACAUGGUGUUCAUGAUGUUCUUCAAAUGGGUCGCCUACAGCACUUUCUCUGAAGACCAAGCCUACACGCAAGGCUGCGCGCCAUCCGUGCUGAUCCUGUUCAUCAACAUGAUGCUGUUCUCCAGCAAUGAGCCAGAGGCAGGAUGUAAGGAGUUCAUGUUCGAAGGUCAAGGUCAGCUGCAGAGGGUCUUCGUGCUUGUGGCGUUAGCGUGUAUACCCGUCAUGUUGCUGGGGAAACCGUUGUAUCUGUUGGCCACUAAGAAGAAGCAUGAUAAGCCUGAACAAGCGAACGGCAACGUGCAAGGCAUCGAGCUACAAGAACAAACGGACAUCAGCGAAGCCCCCAAACCGGCAAAGGCGGAGUCCCACGACCACGAGGACGAGGCCUUCAGCGAAGUGAUGAUACACCAAGCGAUCCACACCAUUGAAUAUGUGCUCAGUACUAUUUCCCACACUGCGUCCUAUUUGCGACUGUGGGCGCUGUCGCUUGCUCAUGCUGAGUUAUCCGAAGUGCUAUGGAACAUGGUGUUAGCCAUGGGCCUCAAAACAGAAGGCUAUGUGGGCGCCAUCAAACUGUACGUAGCGUUCUGCUUCUGGGCGCUGUUCACACUCGCCAUUCUGGUCAUGAUGGAGGGUCUGUCUGCUUUCCUUCACACCCUGCGUUUGCAUUGGGUGGAGUUCAUGAGCAAAUUCUACGCUGGUCUGGGAUACAUCUUCCAGCCCUUCUGCUUCAAAACCAUCCUCGAACAAGAGGACAGUGAAGAUUAAACUCGUUUUAGAAUCAAUAUGUUUGACGAUCAAGGUCACAAUUAGAAUGCAAUAAAAGUAUUUAGUCUUGUU